UGCCACUGAUUCAUGUUUUACUUUAUAUGGGUAGAAAUUUCUGAGAAAUGUUAACGUGGCCACUUGACAAGGUUAAGGGUUAAACUCGACGGAUUGCCAAGAUGUCAUUAGCGUCUGUUUUGCCUAAUAAGGGCACACAUUUCUAUACAAUGUCAACGUGGUCACGUGACAGGCCACCUCGUUACUAUAAAAACGCCGCCGCCAGCCACACGCCGCGCUUACGUGUCUCACUUCGUGAAGAUGUCUGUGCUACCGAUGUGUCUCUUGACCACGAUUUUAGCCAUUUUGGGCAAUUUUGUCCAAUCAACAGAUAGCCUUGGAGUCCUUUCCCUAAGAGACGGCACCAACGAUGUACGCUCAAAGGUAGAUGCCAUUAGAGCCAAGACUUCAGAACUGAACAAGCUCCUUUUGUCUUUGCGAAAUAGUCUUGAUCUUGGUGGAACUACAACCGAUAUCAAGUGCGCAUUUGGCUUUGUGAAGUUCCAACGCUCGUGCUACAAGUUUGUGAUAGAGAACAAGACGUGGCAGCAGGCACAGCAUGACUGUCGUUCCAUGGGGGCAAACCUAGUGUCCAUUAAGUCUUGGGAAGAGCAGAAGUUUAUCUUGGACCACAUAGCCACACACAAAGACCUGUUCCCGAGUUCUCAGGGGUUUCACGCUGGAGCAACAGACACGGCAAUGGAAGGCAUUUGGCAAUGGGUUUCUGACGGAUCUCUGGUCCAAGGAUACUUAGGCUGGGACUUCUUCCAUCGUUGGUAUCAGGACGGAGGCAGAGGCUCGAACUGUCUGCUGCUGUUUGCUCAACGCAAAUAUCUGUGGCAUGACGAGCUCUGCAACAAUAAGGCACAUUCUAUCUGUGAAAUUGAAAAUUGAGAACCUUGAUAUGUUUGCAGUCUGUGUACAGAAUCUGCUUACUUAAGGAAAAAGAAGUUGUAAAAUCAGAUGUAAUUGUAACCAGAUACCUUAUGCUCACCUUGUACACGAGACUCCUUGUGUUCACAAUAAAUCAUCUGAUCUCACCUUG